CGCGAGUUGUUAAAAUACAUGUCAAUGAAGAUAAGAACCUCUGCGAAAAGGGGAAAGGAAACCAUCGACAAAGUGUGAAGUGGUCGUCGUGCUGAUUACCAAUUUGUUAUCAGAAAAGCAAUCGAUAAUGGGACAUCGAUGAUGGAUUAGUUUAAUUGGAAAAAUAAAAUCGACGACGACGACGACAGUGUGGAAGUGGAAUCGGAAACAAAAAGUACAAGAUUUCACAGUGCCUCAAGAAAGGCUAUCAGUCGUUUUUCAAUACAGCCCAUCAGUUGGAAUCGAGCGGUAGAUGUUACGACAAAUGUGAGUCCGUACUGCAAGUUUUGCAGCUGCUGAAGCCGGUUGAAAUCAUGUACUGUGAUCAUAUAAUCUUAGAGUGUGACUUCGGUAGAACGUAUUACAUUAUUUGAAGUGAAAGAAAGAAUGAUGAAAAUAGCUAGUCGAAAGUGGUUUUAUUUAGUUUUGACUACGUUGAGCUUACUCGGGCAUCGAGUCAGUUUGGCUCAAGAAGAUAAUCCAUCAGGUGAAACAACAACAUUAUCGGUCAAUGGUAAACAACAGGAUGUCGUCACGAUGGACAAAGUCAUCGAAACAACGACUGAAUCGUUGCUGGAAAAUAAGACGAAAACGGAACUGUGCUGGUCAGAUUCACAUCCGAUCAACAUAACGUUUGAAACUCCGAGGACAAUCCGAUGGCAGUACCCUUCGGAACUUGUAUCCUGUUUGGACAGCUUCCGGAUCGUUCAGGAAAUAGUUUCGCACGACAUUGUGAACGAAACUGUGUUGCAAAUCGAUUCGAAUGAUUCCGAGGGUGAAUUUUUGAUCGACUCCCUAGAACCGGACCUGGAAUGUGCUCAUCGUAAAAUUUCGAUUCGUCCCGUUUUCAAAGAACAAAUCCUUCAGGGAGAAACGUUCGAAAGCAGCUUUAAUCCUGUGGAGCUACAGGAUAUUCAAGUGGAUCAAUCAGUACCCCGGGAAGUUACUAUCAGUUGGAAAAAAGCUGAUCUGUACGGAGGAUGUUUGAAGAAAAUUGAAAUCUCCUACGGAGAAAUAAUCCUAAAUUUGUUGCCCUCUUCAAGAAAAGUUAUCGUGAAAGAUUUGAACCCAUGUGAAACCCAUCAGUUUAACAUAAGUGCUAUUGAUUUGGAGGAUAGAGUCGGGUUUGUACAAGAAAUUACAGCGACCAUUCAAGAGGAAGAGAUUGGAGAGGUUACAGAAGUGGCUCUAGUCAAGGGUUUAGAUAACGAAACCAUUUCGAUUCAAUGGAAGCGACCUCUUGAAUCGAUGCUUUGUGUCAACUCGUUUGAGCUGCAAUACAAGCAGCUCGACAGUAGCUUUACAAAUGUCUCAACGCCAGUGAUUGAAAAUGAAGGAAUGUUCCAACAACAGAUCGAGUUCGAUCUGUGCGAGCUGGCCACGAUUUUCAUCAAACCAGUAUCCAUGAGCGGCCGACCAGGAAAGGUAACACAAUUUGAACUACAAGGGCCUGUUGAACAACUCGAUUUUCGGAGAGUAUCAGAUACAACGAGCAUUAAAAUCGAUUGGAUUCCUGCAAAGGGCUUCGGUGAUUGCAUAAGUCAUUUUUUGAUCCAGAGGGACGGUUUACGGGAACACUUAAUGAAUACCACAUCAACGGAAAUCGAAGUGAGUGACCUGAAGCUGUGUAAAUUCUACAAAUUUAGAGUGGAAGCCGUCUACCGAGACGGUGGGUCAUAUCCAUCCCCAGUCGGAUUGGACGUGAUUCUGGAUGGCCCGAUAUCCAAGGUUCAGGAGGUCACUGAAAGAUCAGAAUCGAUCGAAUGGAAACUUCCCAUCAAUGGUGCCGGCUGUGUUGAGCAGUUUCAACUCACCCGAACCCGCCUGGAGGACAAUGUUGAACUAACCUUUGCCAUCGUGAAUGUCACUGCCGGUGGUCCGCUUGAUCGAAUAUUCAAACACGAAACACAUCCGGUAGGUAAAUGUGCACAGGAAGUGAACGUUCGUAUCGUACCGUAUUCAUGGAACAAAAACGUGGGCGAAAUAUUCGAUCAAAACAUCAAGCCCUUUACACCUGGACCGGUUCAGAACGUAAAAUUAGACCCAUUAGAGCCGCGGGAAGUUACGCUCGCUUGGACCGAGCCUAUCCUUCAUCCUGCCAGCGUGUGUAGCUACAAAAUUAUGUAUCAUCCUGAAGGUGUUGAACCAACGAUCAAAAUAGUGCCGAAAAACGUUACGGUCGUAACGAUAGGCUUCCUAGAGCCAUGCGUGCAGUAUAACUUCACGAUUGUUGCGGUAACUUUGGCCGGCGAUGAAGGUUUUCCAGUUUCCUUCAACUAUACGAUAGAGGAAGAAAAGAUAUCAGUGGUUCAAGAUUUGACACUAAGAGAAGAAUCGGAGAGCAUUUAUGUCGAUUGGACACCACCAAAAAAUGCGCCAUAUUGUGUAAGCAAAUAUAGAUUGACUUCCUGGAUUGAACUGCACGAAAAUCGUACCGAGCUGGAUACCAAUACUACGCACGCGAUACUGCCCAGAGUGUACGCCUGUGCCCGGUACUAUGUGCAGAUCAUUCCCGAAUCCAUUUCCCGGAAGGACGGAAUGAACUUGAUAGCGGACUACCGAACCAGUAAUAGAGUGAUAUCCCGAGUCCACAUCGACCCGAUCACCCAGACCAGCUUCUCGGCAACGACCCUGGGCCUAGCUACCAAGCUGAGCGCCGAGCAUAACAAUCUCUGCAGUCUACUAUCGGUGCGGUUCACUUGUAGCCCUGCGCCGACCCAGCCCGGGGAUGAUCGUGAAGUGACCGACAUCCCAACGGUCAUUGGAGAGUUCCACAUAAGCCACAGAGAUUCGGUUUUCGAGGGUGUGCUAGCCAAUUUGUUGCCGUUCAGUCGUUACAGCUGUAUUGCGCAGAUCCUCAACACAGCUGGAUGGUCGGAAGAAUCGGCUCGUAACGAGUUUGUAACCGAUGAAGCAGCUCCGGAACAACCGACGAAUCUAAGUACAACCAGCCGAUCGCACGAGAUUCAGAUAACCUGGAGGGAACCAACGAUCAAGAAUGGAAUAAUUCUACGUUACCGAAUUAACAUACAACCGUCGGGACCAAAUUAUCCUACCCCGAGCUAUUGCGAAGCGGUUUCACAGACACCGAGGACGAUCGACAUUCAUAACGAUCCAACCGAUGGAAAGUGUGAGUGGGACAAUCAACAGAUGCGCUGCACGGUCGAUGAACUGCUUCCGUUCAGCAAUUACAUUGUACAGGUGUCGGCGGCAACUAAAGCAGGAUUCGGGUCCUACACGGAAAUGGUUUUUGAAACCACGGAACCGGACGUUCCCGAGCCCGUUCACGAAUUCCUGAAGGUUAGUAGUUCCCUUCCGGAUGCCGCCAAAGAUGAGUACAGCACCAAGGUGUUGCUUGCAUGGAAAAUACCAUGUAGGUUGAACGGGAAGUUGCUGGAGUUCCGGGGACAGUUCAUUGAUUCCAAACAGGGUGUGGAGCAUAUCCUGAGCUGGAACAAGACAAUCCUUCCCGGAGAGGAAAUCGUCGAAGAGUACAGCCACCUGGAGGAUCGACUGAAGCCGGAAGUAAACUACAACGUGUCGAUAAUGGUUCUGGUGGGAAACGUGGCCGAUGCGAGCGCUCCUAAAUUUGUCGACUUUAGCACCCCGGCUGGAAUCCCUCCCAUAAUUGAGCACACAACUUGGGGCAGCAUUGACGUGCUAACGGCGCCUAAUCCGACUCAAAAUGCUAUGAUCAACCUGUCCGGAGACAUCCUCAAAUCGGACGUCGGCGACAUCCGGUACGUUGCCCUGCUAGUAUCGCAGCGUUACUGUACCGAGGAACCGAAACCAAAGCGAAACCUCUCGACCGAGUGGCCCGAGGAGCGGAAGUGGCACCAGGUGUACUAUCUGGACUGUACCAUCCAGUACCAAACGACGCCUCGGAUGUGGCAUCCGGUCAGUGGGCGACAGCAACCUUCCGGUGAGGAAAUGGUGACCUACAUUGUCGGCAACGAGACGUGCGGGGCAAACGAUACGGAAUUCUGCAACGGGCCGCUGAAACCGGCCACCGAGUAUCACCUGGUGGUGAGGAUUUUCACCGCCACCGGGUUCAGUGAUUCGAGGGUGAUCAAUUUUGCGACAGAUACCCUUAUCCAGUUGAACCUGAUCAUCGCUCUGGUCUGCGUCAUCCUGACGGGGACCUUCGGUGUUGGAUUCUUCAUUCUGUGGAGAAAAAAUAAGGCCCUGGAAGCAGCCCAGCUGGCCGUCCGGUCCCCGAACGACGAACCGGCCGACAUUCCGCUCAAGAACUUCUCAAUCAAGUACGAUGAGUUGGUUCAAUCCAAUCGGGAGAAGAUUCUCAAGGAGUUCCACACCAUCCAUUACUUCUCGGAGGAACUAUUGGGUGAUACGGUUACCUUUUUCGCGGCCAAGGAGAACGAUAAGAAGAAUCGGUACUUGGGGAUAUUGCCGUAUGAUGGAAAUCGGGUCCCGCUGGAUUUCGAUCAUUUGCUGGGCGAUGAGGAUGAGGAGGUGAAUGACUACAUCAAUGCUUCGUUCAUCGAUGGGUACAAGUAUCAGCGGGAGUAUAUUGCGACCCAGGGGCCGAAACAGGAGACUAGCUUCGACUUCUGGCGGAUGAUUCUGCAGUACGAAGUGGAGUGUAUUGUCAUGUUGACGCAGUGUGUUGAGAACGAUAAGAACAAGUGCUACCAGUAUUUCCCUAAGUUUAAUAAGCAAGUUCAGUUUAGGGACAUCUAUGUGAGGUGCACCCAGGAGCUGAACAUGGGCUUCUACCAGAAACGGUUGAUGAUCAUCUCAAGGGGAGCAAUCAUUCGGGCGGUGUAUCACUAUCAUUACUUGGUGUGGCCAGACCAUGGAGUUCCCUCAAGUCCAACGGAGUUGCUUAAGUUCGUGAAAAUAGUUCGCGCCGAAAGGAAGAGUUUGGCCGUUCCAAUGGUGGUGCACUGCAGUGCCGGAGUUGGCCGCACCGGAACCUUUAUUGCCUUGGACAUCGUACUGCAGCGUAUUCAACUGGAGAAAAAGAUCAACAUCUUUGACACGGUCAAGCAACUGAGGCGACAACGGAUAAAGAUGGUUCAAACCGUUGAGCAGUACGCCUUCCUCUACCAAAGCUGCCUGGAAUUUACUAACCGAAAUAGUAAGAAAAAGCCAAAGCCAAGCGAGACAAAUGGAAACACUGCUAGCACAAAUGCUAGCGGCAGUUCGACUACGAAUGCUUUCAUCGGUAAACGCCGAAGACCGAUGAUCAACAUCAAGUUUCCCAAAACUGUCAACAGUGGGUUGGCGAAUGUGAAAAGCUAUGCCCCCGACGACAUCGAGAGCCAGACGUGAUCUCGUUAGUAUGUACAGUGCCAACGAGACUUGUGUACAAACCAAUUUGCCGUGAUUACGAAAGACUUAUAUUUAUUACCAUUGUAGAUUAUCUUACCAUAUUUUGCAAACCUAGUCAUAGAUGUUUUAGCCAAUGAAUGUUGAACUAUUUAAAAAAAGUGAAAUACAAACAGCU